GAGUGAAUAUAACUUUUGCGUUCUCAAAGAAGUUAUUAUGCCUCCUAAGACGAGUGGAAAAGCUGUGAAGAAGGCUGGAAAAGCCCAGAAGAACAUCAGCAAGACUGACAAAAAGAAGAAGAGGAAGAGGAAGGAAAGCUACGCUAUCUACAUCUACAAGGUGCUGAAACAAGUCCAUCCUGAUACCGGAAUCUCUAGCAAAGCUAUGAGCAUCAUGAACAGUUUUGUGAAUGAUGUCUUCGAGCGUAUUGCUGCUGAAGCUUCUCGUUUGGCUCAUUACAACAAGAGGUCUACCAUUACAUCUCGGGAAAUCCAGACUGCUGUCAGGCUUCUGUUGCCUGGUGAAUUGGCCAAGCACGCAGUCUCUGAAGGCACUAAGGCAGUCACCAAGUACACCAGUUCAAAGUAA